AUGGCUAGCUACGUCGCUUCGAAAGUGACCAAGCGCUUCGUCUCUGGUCAGGCUAAGAAGUACGAGACGGAGGACCCUCUGUACGAAUUCUACACGGCGUCCAACGGCAAGCAGAAGCGACGCAAGCGACCUCUCCCACCUGGUCUCACACGCGCCGAAGCCAAGCUGCUGAAGAAGAUCAAGAAGCGCGCGCACUACCUCGACAAGGGCUUCUCGCUCUGCGGUCUUCGCUUCGGAUGGACGUUCUUCAUCGGUAUCGUGCCCGGUCUGGGUGAUCUGGUCAAUGCGAUCCUCAACCACACACUGGUGGUCAAGCCCGUGAAGAAGGAGUACGAGGACAGGCCGGACUGGUUGAUCCGCCAGAUGAUCUUCAACAACGCCGUCUCGACGGGUGUCGGCUUCGUGCCGCUGGUGGGCGAUGUAGUGAUGGCCGCGUGGAGAACCAACUCGAGGAACGCCAUGCUGCUCGAGGAGCUGCUCAGGGUCAAGGGCGAGGAGAACAUCGCAAAGGGUUUGCCGGAUCUGACACCAAGGUCGCCACACGAUACCCACCCGGCACAGAGCGAGGCUCAGAAUCAGGUGCAGGCAGGUGGCAACGGCUACCAGGGCAACACGCAGCAGGUCGCACAGCAGCCAAUGCAGGCCACCGCGGCCGCGCCUGCCACGACUCCUGCUGGCCGGAGGAAAUAG